UGACCCACAAGCCUCUGCGCCCGGGGUCCGCGGUGAUUGGCAGGUCCGUGUCACGUGCUCACGCGUCACAUCUCGCCCUUGUUCUAGGGAAAGAUGGCGUCUCCCAUGAAGGAGGAGGAUCCGCAAAGGACAGAUAGCUAUCGUGUUGCAGUUACGCCUGCAGUUCCCGACGAUGGCCGAAAUCCAGACGGGACCCCGAAGCCCGCCUCCGGCAAAGGCAAGGGCAAGGGCAAGGGCAAGGAGACCGAAAAGGACAAGAAGGAGAAGCUGGAAGAUCUGAAACAGGAGAUGGAAAUGGAUGACCACAAGAUCCCUGUGGAGGAACUCUGUGCAAGAUACAACACCAGCACAGAAGUUGGCUUGACCAGGGCCAUGGCUCAGGAAGUGUUUGAACGCGACGGACCAAACUGUCUAACUCCACCUCCAAAAACACCGGAAUGGGUCAAGUUCUGUAAGCAGCUGUUUGGAGGUUUCUCCACCCUGCUGUGGAUCGGAGCCAUUCUCUGUUUCUUGGCUUAUGGCAUCCAGAAGGCAACGCAGGAUGAAGUCCAAGAUGACAAUCUGUACCUGGGAGUUGUGUUGGCCGUGGUGGUUAUUGUGACCGGCUGCUUCUCGUACUACCAGGAAGCUAAGAGCUCCAAAAUCAUGGACAGCUUCAAAGGCAUGGUUCCUGAGCAAGCUUUGGUUAUUCGGAGUGGAGAGCCCCUUAGCGUGGACACUGAAAACGUCGUGGUGGGAGACCUUGUUCAACUGAAGGGCGGAGAUCGUAUUCCUGCUGACGUCCGUAUUAUCGAGGCCCGUGGAUUUAAGGUUGACAACUCUUCACUCACUGGAGAAUCCGAGCCCCAGAGUCGGUCUCCUGAAUUCACCAACGACAACCCCUUGGAGACAAGAAAUAUCGCCUUCUUCUCCACCUUCGCUGUGGAAGGCAAUGCAAAGGGUAUUGUGAUCAACACCGGUGACCAAACUGUGAUGGGCCGUAUCGCCAUCCUGGCCAGUGGACUGGACGUAGGAGACACCCCGAUUGCCAAAGAGAUCGCCCAUUUCAUCCACAUCAUCACCGGCGUAGCCGUGUUCCUGGGUGUGACCUUCUUUAUCAUUGCUGUGAGCUUGGGAUAUGAGUUACUGGAUGCUGUCGUGUUCCUCAUCGGUAUCAUCGUCGCCAAUGUGCCCGAGGGUCUGCUGGCUACAGUGACGGUAUGUCUCACACUGACCGCAAAGAGAAUGGCAAAGAAGAACUGCCUGGUUCGUAACCUGGAGGCUGUGGAAACGCUGGGCAGCACGUCCACCAUCUGCUCCGACAAGACCGGGACCCUGACACAGAACCGGAUGACCGUGGCCCACAUGUGGUUCGACAACCAGAUCGCAGACGCAGAUACCACAGAAGAUCAGUCCGGUGCUUCAUACGACAAGAACAACCCAACCUGGCUCUCCCUGGCUCGCGUCGCUGCUCUCUGUAACAGGGCUGCGUUCAAGGCUGACCAGGAGGGAGUGCCUAUCCUUAAGAGGGAAACAAGUGGAGAUGCUUCUGAAUCGGCUCUGCUGAAGUGCGUGGAACUUUCCUUGGGCGGGGUGACUGCCAUGAGGGCAAAGAAUGAGAAGAUCGCUGAGAUUCCAUUCAACUCAACCAACAAAUACCAGCUUUCCAUCCACACACAAGAAGAUCAGAGUGACCAGCGCUACCUGCUGGUGAUGAAGGGAGCUCCGGAGCGCAUCCUGGACCGCUGCACCACCAUCAUGCUGGAGGGCAAAGAGGCUCCCAUGGAUGACGACAUGCGCGAGGCCUUCAACAACGCCUACCUGGAACUGGGAGGGCUGGGAGAGCGUGUGCUUGGUUUCUGCCACUACUUCCUCCCCGAGGACAAAUUCCCCCGAGGGUACGAGUUUGACACCGAAGACGUGAACUUCCCGCUGGAGGGAUUCUGCUUCGUGGGCCUGAUGUCCAUGAUCGACCCGCCCCGUGCCGCCGUGCCAGACGCUGUCGGAAAGUGCCGUAGCGCCGGUAUCAAGGUAAUCAUGGUGACUGGCGACCAUCCCAUCACAGCCAAGGCCAUUGCCAAGGGCGUGGGAAUCAUCUCGGAGGGUAAUGAGACGGUGGAGGACAUCGCAGCUCGUCUUGGCAUCCCUGAAAAUGAGGUGGACCCAAAAGAGGCGCAUGCGUGUGUCGUCCACGGAAGUGAGCUGAGGGACAUGACAUCGGAGGACCUGGACGCAGUACUGAAUAACCACACCGAGAUCGUGUUUGCCCGCACGUCCCCCCAGCAGAAGCUGAUCAUCGUGGAGGGCUGCCAGCGUGCGGGACAGAUCGUGGCCGUGACUGGGGACGGUGUGAACGACUCGCCUGCCCUCAAGAAGGCCGAUAUCGGUGUGGCCAUGGGUAUUGCUGGAAGUGACGUGAGCAAGCAAGCUGCUGACAUGAUUCUGUUGGACGACAACUUCGCAUCCAUUGUGACAGGAGUAGAGGAGGGGCGUCUCAUCUUCGACAACUUGAAGAAGUCCAUUGCCUACACCCUGACCAGUAAUAUUCCAGAGAUCACCCCCUUCCUGUUGUUCAUCCUUGCCGACAUUCCCCUGCCCCUGGGAACUGUCACCAUCCUCUGCAUCGACUUGGGAACUGAUCUGGUGCCCGCCAUCUCUCUGGCCUACGAGGAAGCCGAGAGCGACAUCAUGAAGCGCAAGCCGCGCGACCCCAAGCACGACAGGCUGGUGAACGAGCGCCUCAUCAGCAUGGCCUACGGGCAGAUCGGCUUCAUGCAGGCCACCUCCGGCUUCUUCGUCUACUUCAUCAUCAUGGCGGAGAACGGCUUCCUGCCCUGGAAACUGCUGGGCAUCCGCGCCGACUGGGAGGACAGAACCAUCAACGACUUGGAAGACUCCUACGGCCAGGAGUGGUCGUUUGCUCAGCGCAAGAUUAUUGAGUACACCUGCCACACGGCUUUCUUCGCUAGCAUCGUGAUUGUGCAAUGGGCUGACGUGGUCAUCUGCAAGACUCGCCGCAACUCACUCAUCCACCAGGGAAUGAGGAACAAGUGGCUGAUCUUCGGUCUGUUUGUGGAGACCUCUCUGGCUGCCUUCCUGAGCUACUGCCCUGGACUGGACCAGGGUCUGCACAUGUACCCUCUGGCUGGAUCCUGGUGGCUUCCGGCCUGGAUUUACAGCUUCCUUAUUUUCGUGUAUGACGAGUGCCGUAGGUUCAUCCUUCGCCGUAACCCUGGAGGCUUCGUAGAACGGGAGACAUACUACUGAUCCAGUCUUCUGGUUCUGCUACUGUUUUUAGUUAUUAUUAGUGCCAUUAGGAAACAAGGAAAAAUGGUGGUAGACAACUUAGAAGAUUUGUCAGUAGUAACAAACUGGGUGAAUGGUUCGCACAUCAAAACAUUCUUCUAACUCACCAGUAGGUUAUCAAGAAGUAACAACAAGUGCUGAUUGGGAAAAAUGUCACUAUUAUUAUAUGCAUGGAUUAGGCAUUUGUCAAUGCGAGACGACGUUGCCUCUGUUGAUUGGUUAUACCUUUUUUACCAUCCGCAUUUCUUGUAUUUAUUGAUAGAUGUGUUGACAUGCAUGUAAAGAAUUCAAGGAAGUUUAUCUGGCAGUAUAGUAGCUGACAGUGUUGUACAAGAAGAAUUGCCAUCAAUAUUUGGAUGUUAAUAAUUCUUCAAACAAUUCAGAAUAGUUUAUAUAGAUUUGUAGGUAUUUAGCAACUUGUACUAGCUUUUUUUUCUUAUUUUACUGUAAAUUGUGUAAGUUUUGACAGUAGGAGCUAGGGACUACUGGAACCAGAAUACCCACCAUUCAUACCAGUUGUGCAUAUGUACGAUAUAUAUUGUGUCUUGAACAUUAGAUAUGCAGUUACAAUUUUUUGAAGGCUAUCUCACCAAAUUACAGUGCAUGGGAGUAGCAGUUUCGUCCUCCAAAAGUUUCCGCUUUGCUUUAAUGUCCGAUUACGGUAGAACCUGGCCUGUCUUCCAUGGUCAUGAAAAAGUCGAUGUAAAAGCAGGCAGUAGAAUUGUACGAUAUCCUCCAGAGAUACAGCGAAGUGCAGCGGUUUGACUCCCUUUUCUGAAGAAAAGUGCAAAUACGAAGUUCAUACUUCCUCAAGACUUGAAACGUAACAGCUGAAAAUCGACCACAGUCAGGUGUUCAGUGUCUCCUUCAUCAGGACACAAGACUAUAAAACGAGAUUGCAAUAUUGUAAUCAAAACUACAGAUCAAACAAGCACAUGGGAAAUGUUGAGAGCUAGAGGCUUCUCUGCAUGACUGAUCUUCAACAGCCCUGUGUGCUACAUUAGCCCAGAGCUUUUGGAUGUAUAACUCCUCAAAUAUCCAAGUAUAUACAAAUAGGAAAGAAGAAAUGUAUCUAACAAAAUCUAUUCCAUAUUUCCUGAUUACUAUCUCACCCCACCCCCACCCCAAAAAUAAGCCUUGGUGAACAUGAAAGUAUUUCAUUGAAUGGUUUUAGGAUGCUUCCCUGUACAAAUAUCAGCUUUCCACCAUAUCAGCUUUUCAUUUUUUUGUCUUCGCUAUUGUAAAAAAGGACCACAAAAUUAAAGACACGCAAGAUAUUAUUAAGAACUUCGUUUAGUGAAGUAGUUUGAAUCCAGGUGUGUGAUAUUUUAGUGCAAAGUUAAAAUGUGCAUGUUUGACAAAAGAUGUACUUUAUUGAUGUUUGGUACAGUCAGGUCAGGAACUAUGAAUGCAGUAUGAGAAAGUUGAUGGUGAACUUGUGUACGUUUUCAUCAUUCUACUAACCUGCUAUAAAUGAGCAUCAUUAUUUUCAUGGCGUGAGUGUAUACCAAAUCUGUUCAAAACCCAUUUCCCUACCUGAUUGUGUUCAGUGUCUCAUAAUUCAUAAUUUUCUGGGUAAUAUUAUGUACUCAAGACUUUAUACCUGUUUAUUCAGACAUGCAUUUUUUAUGUUUUUAAAUUGUGUUUGUUAAUUCAGAAGUGCAUCUAUUUUUAACACUGAAUGUACUGUACAACCACUAGUUUUGUUUUUAAAUAAUUCCAAUGUUGAUCUACCCUCUGACCAUGCUGCAACCAAUCCCUUGCAGUGUUCCUUCAUGUGUGCAUGUGUUCAGAGCGUUAGAUCACGCCAAUGUUGUUAUAUCAGUUCCUGAAAAGCCAUGUCUUGUUGGAGACCUGGGUUUGUUUAACCAUGUUGUUAGUGUAAUGAGUGAAUGCCAUCACACAAUCUUACACAGACCAUCAAUAAAGAAUGUCUUUUUA